GCCAAGCCGUCCUCAGCCGCUCACACGGCAACAACAUGCCUGCCUGGGCAGCGGCGGCGCUCGCCGGGGAGCGGGGCUGGCUCCAGGAGGAUUAUUAGCCCUCAGCCAAGAGGGGGGAGUGGGGGGGGAUCAAGGAAAACCAGCCAGCAGAGCAGGAGGUGGGGGGGCAAGGCAGAGACUCAGCCCUGCCACCCCCCUGCGCCCCACCAGAACCGAGCUCCCCGGGCGCUGGAGGAGAGCAGCAGCCCCGCCAGAUUGGUGUCUUGGCUGGCUAGAGUCCCAAACACUUCGGGUCCUGAUGGGGGACUCAGGAUCAAGACGUUCAACUCUUGUGUCUCGACUGCCAAUAUUCAGGAGAAGUAUUAGUCGAAGACAUGACUCCCUUCCUUCCUCACCCUCCUCCAUUAAUACUGUGGGUGUCCAUAGCUCCUCUCCCUCCAGCACCAACUCAAGCUCAGGUAGUACAGGCAAGCGAAGGAGCAUAUUCCGCACACCUUCCAUCAGCUUCCACAGCAAGAAGGGGAGUGAACAGAAGUCUGAAUCUGCAAGCCAGAAUGUAAGUAUUUCAAAUGGUGCUCAGUCAACUCACAACAAUUUCCAAAAAACGAGCUUGGAAGAACACGUUAAAAGCAGAGGGAGGCAUUCAGUUGGUUUCGGCAGUUCACGGAGCAAGAAGAUAACAAGAUCCUUGACCGAGGACUUCGAAAAGGGGAAAGAGCCAUCAACUAAUAAGAAUGUCUUUAUAAAUUGCAUACGUUCUGGAAAAAACGAGGGUGAUGACUCUGGCUUUAUAGAGGAGCAAAGUAGACGAUCUAUUAAGGAAUCCUCACGGAAACUUCUCCCGAAAUCUUUCUCAUCACACUACAGGUUUUCAAAGCCUGUCCCCCAGAGCCAGUCAGUUUCCUGUGUACAACAGUCUGGAUGCUUGUUGGAGAUUAAACCAUAUGUUGAAAGCGACCCCAUAGCAGUAAGGUCCUCUCCAUCAUGUUCUGCUGAGAUAACAGAAUGUGCAGGAAGUUCUUUGCAAUCACCACAACUUUCUGCAGACCUCACCACAGUCCAGACCCCUUCGGAAUUUUUAGCCUUGACUGAAGAUUCUUUCUCAGAAGUUGACGUGGUGCCCAAUAGUGGAAACACGGCGCCACAUACAAAGAACUUUGACAAUAAUACUUCUACCUCUCAGAUUUUCCUCAGUCCUGUUGUUGCUUAUGUGAGGAAAAUAGAUCAUGUAGAAAAUACUUCCCUGUCUGCUGUUAUAUCUCCUGUGAAUCAUACAAGCUUUUGUAGUACUGAAUCAAAUACCUUACCUAAAAAUACUGCUGCUAAUCAAACACAAGUAUUAUUGCAAGCCACUGAACUUCCUGGUAAAGAUGCUGGGCACAUAGGAGAAAUUAACUCAGCAGAUGCACAGUUAGAAACUUUUGUGUUACAUCAUGAAGAAAAAACAGUGGAAUGCUCUCCAAAGGCUAGUGGAUUAUGUGGGGACCAACAUGAAAUAACGUUAUCUGAGUACAUUAGAGAAACAAUUCCUGUAACAGAAUCGAAGAUUAUUCCCUCCUCCUCUGAAUCGCGAUCCUUUAAAACACAACAGGGACAUGAAAUAAAUCACUCUAAAGUUAAUCUUGCCAGUAGUUUUAGUCCUUACCGAGAAGGCAGACUCAUAGAGAAGCGCCUGAGAUCCUCGUCAGAAGGCAAUGCUGGAAGCAGCAGGAUGAUCUUAAAACCAAAGGACGGAAACACAGAAGAUCUUCAUAGCUUGCGGAAGCAGAGAGCGGGCUCGUCAUCUUCAAAAAUGAACAGCCUGGAUGUUCUGAAUAACUUGGGUUCCUGUGAGUUGGAUGAAGAUGACCUCAUGCUUGAUUUGGAAUUCCUAGAAGAGCAGCAUCACCAUCGUUCUGUUUGCCGGGAAGAUUCAUAUCAGUCCAUAGUCUCCUGUGCUGCCGUAGUACUUACACCUAUAGAACCACCUGGGGAAGCAAAGAAAAAAGAAGAGCCAAAAAUGCCUGAUGUGGCCAAACGGAACCUCUCUCUGAAGUUGUCAAAGGAAGUGGACCAAGGAGAAGCUAGAUGUCCUCGUGUCAGCCAGGUGGCCAGCAGUCCCACUGUGGAGUGGCCUUUUGCAGGCCUGGAAGAAGGUGGAGGCAUGGAAUCUUUGCCCUUCCGACUGAUGAUGCAGGAUUGCACAGCUGUAAAGACGUUACUGCUGAAAAUGAAGAGAGUUCUUCAAGAGAGUGCAGAUAUGAGUCCUGCCAGUAGUACCACUUCACUUCCUGUUAGCCCACUUACUGAAGAGCCAGUGCCUUUCAAGGAUAUAAUGAAAGAUGAAUGUUCAGUGCUGAAGUUGCAGCUGAAGGAGAGAGAUGAACUCAUUUCCCAACUACGUGAGGAUCUGGAGAAAGCCCAACAUUUACAGAAGGCUCUCGCUUCCCGAGUAGAUAAAUCCACACAGACUGAACUUGUAGGCCAUGAUGCUACAUAUCUAAACAAAGUUGUGAGCCAAAACCUCAACACAAGGGACAGAAAGUCAGCACAUACUCCCACCGAGGACCCUUUUAGAUAUUCAUUGGGCAACCAAGCAACUGCCUAUGAAAGCAAAAGCUGUCAGCUGUCAAGUCUGUGUCUGAGUAACCUCCUGAAAGAUAAAGAAAUAGUGGAAGUCAUCAAGCACACCAGGGACACAUAUGAGACCCUCACUUCAGAGGUCACCCAGAAUGUUUUGGCCAGCGCUACACAAAGUACAACCAAGCCAACACCCAAGACAGAGAGCUUUCCAGGGUUGGCUGGGGCGCCGAAGGAUCAGACUGCUGUACCCCGGCAGCAUUCCACUUUCACGGGGAGAUUUGGACAGCCUCCGAGGGGACCCAUCUCCUUACACAUGUACAGCAGGAAAAAUGUUUUCCUCCACCACAACUUACACACGGCAGAGCUGCAGACUUUAGGCCAAAAAGAUGGCUAACUGAGUCCUCAUAUUCUUGUUGUAGAAGGAAAUAAAGUCAGUUAAGGGGGAAUGUUGCUCAUCUAGAGCUCAGUCUUAAGUUUUCAUCUGCUGCUACCUUUAAUUUUUUAACUUUUAACAUUGUACAUGGGCUCCAUAUUUUCCCUGUUUAGGGAGGGUGGGGAUGGGGGUGGACUAGCAUGUUAACUUAAGUAACUAGAUUGAAUUGUCUUGCCGAAGUUGUCAUAUGUAUAAUAAAUGGGACCAUCUUGCUGGGAUCUCUAGUCCAAAAUAGGCCCAAUAUUUUUCUCAUCUUUUUGCCUCUGUGAACCACUGACAACAUUGAAGUUUUCCAGCAGGUGAUUUCAAAUAGCAAUGUAUUUAAUUAAUAAUGUUACUGUGAAAGUAGAUGUGAGGAAUGAGUAGGUAAGUAACUAGUAAACACUCCUGAAUUGUAUAGAGACAAGGGAGAUAAUGAGACCGAAGUCUUUGGGGCACUCUUUUUGUAUCAUGUUUUUUGUUUCUUUGAACAAUGAAAUUUACUCACAUAUAAACUAGAGAUUCGCUGGCUUCUGUUGUGUGAAUUUUGAGAAUGCCUCAUCACACCAGUAGAGGAAGAGACUGCUUUUAAUUUUCUUCUAAAUGUUCAGUUCACACAGGUUCACCAAGGAUUUCAGAGUAAUUGGAAUUCAAAUUGAGAGUGACAGCUUUGAUCCUCCAAAAACUUUGGUUUUUUACUAUUUUUGUUGUAUUAUGAUGUCACAUUUUAGUGAUAUUUGGUGUACUUUCACGGAUGAUACAUCACUCAUGCAUUGAACAGCACAGACUAUCGUGCUGUGUCAUCAUCUAAUGUCAUGCCACAUUCCAGUAUAUCAAACUGAAAAUGGAUGAAAGACUAAAGGAAUUCCAUUGCCUUAUCCAGUCAAUGGUUAAUGACCUGGAAUAGUUGAUGACCUGGACUAACUCUGCAUGUUUGGCAGUCUAUUUGUCAUAUUACACACCUGUUGAAACCCAUAUAGUCCUAGCUGACCUACAGCAUUCUAGUCUCAGAGGAAUUUGAAGUAAUCUGAUCACGCUGAAGAGCUUGCAAACAUGCCAGUGACAUAAAAUCCUGGUUGCUCCUUCCAGCAGACUUGAAACUGAGUGACUAAGACAAGAUAUGCUAAACGUGGCAUAUACAAAACUUGAUUCUUAGCCUAACAUGUCUCUGAUGGCAGGUAAUCUGUUUGAAUAAUAAGACAUAUAAUAGCUCUUGAAUAACAAGAAUCUCAAGCAUUUCAGGGCAUAAGAAGCGGACCAAUAAAUCUGAAUAAGGUCACCUCUCUUUUUAUUUAUGAUUAAGUAUGGAGGAGGAAGAGGAAGGAGUUCAGCAGAUCCUUACUCAAAGAUUCAAGUAGCUAACAUACCCUAACCAAUAGAAAAUGAAACUCCUAAAGGUCAGCAGUCAAGUAAUGCACACAAUACCAUAUACUAGGAUAACAAUUACCUACAAGGAAGCAUAACAUCUGCCUAGCCGCGCAAUCCAGUUAUCAGAUUUGUGUAAAGACUGCUUGGGGGAAGAAACACGUGGGUUACAGGCCUUGGAAAAUGUGCUACAGAGCCACUGUAGUAGCCUUGAAUCACCAGGCUUCUGUUUAUUGAGGCUUCCAAUUAGGUCUAGUUUUGAGACAUCAUCUGCUGUUGAAGACACCAACGUUUGUCUGAAUAUGCUAUAGUGAUAACUUUGGAUUUGCAGAGCUAGGCACAUGUGAAUCAAGGUGAAUAUAUACAAACAAACUCACUUUGUUUCUCUUUGUGUGUUGUUACUGCCAAAAUGGAACAAUCCAAAACUGCAAAAACAGCUUGGUUGAAUGAAGUAGGGCUGUUCAAGAUUCCUAAUGUUGCUUUGAUACAUGUAAAGUCUACAGGCUUAAAAAACAAAAUAGUAGUACCAUGAUUUCACUAUUUAGAUCCAUGUUUUCAUCUGAGCAACUUCUUAAGGUUAUGGUAGAUUGAAAAAGACAACAAUGAUUAUUAAUUACAGAUUUCAGCCUGGCCUUUCUCAAGAGUUGAUGUAUGCAAUUAUAUUUCAAAUCUGUAAAUAAAUUAAAAUAUUGUAAUUAAGGGCAUUUUUUUUCCAGGACACAAAUGUACUAUACUACAUAAAAACCUCUUCAAUUUUAACUGAUGUACUGUAUUUAUAGUUGAUUUUUUCCUGGAAAAAUGGACUUUUGGAUUACACUUUAUUUAAAAAAAAAACUAUCUACACAUUUCAAAAAACAUUUUAGAUGCUACUAUUUUCUUGGAAAAUCUUUUUUAAAGCUGAAACUUUCAAAAAAAACUGGAGAAAACAGGUCAAUUAAAGUGAGGGAUAUUUUUAAAAAAUAUCUUGAAGCUGUUUUGUAUCAGUAUUUUCAGCAUUGUUAUAAUAUUAUUUGUAAUUCUAAGUGUAAAGCUGGCCCUGAGAUGGGAGUAAGCCACAUGUUAAUGUACAAUACAGCAGUAUCUGUAAAACGGGUCCUUUGUGUGAUCCUCUUGUAUGUAUAGUAACUCAUAAAGCAACAGCAUGUGGACAUUC